AUGGCCAACAUGCUAGCUACUUUGAGCAUUGUCCUAGCUGUGAUCCAACUUUCACAACAACAACAACUUGAUGAAGGAAAAUGGACACAACCAGAAGAAUCCUGGACAUGGAGAACCUUCAAUGGUUGUCGCUAUUGCAUUCCUACAGGUUUUCAGGUUUAUCGAAUAAGAGCUACCUUUGAAGAAGCAGAAGCGCAUUGCUCUUCAAAAGGCGCGCAUUUGGCUUCUAUCCACAGCGAAGAGGAAAACAUACUACUCAUGACAAUCACAACAACGCUGAGCGAUGUGGACGACUGGGCAGAAAACACAUGGAUCGGCCUACGACAAAAGGACUAUCCGAAUAGCAAAGAAUGGACCUGGACCGAUGGAAGCCCGGUCGAUUAUGUGAGAUGGGCCAAUAUGCAACCUGACAAUGGUUCCGAAAAAGAACAUUGUGUACAGGUUAUUACGCUUUGUAAAACUAAUGUUCACUGUUAUAAAUAG